AUGCUGGCCCUUCGCCUCCUCUUCACCCUCACCCUCUCCACCCUCGCCCAAGGCGACGUAACCAAAGACCACGACGCCCGCCUCCAAACCGCCAUCAUCCUCGACACCCCCACAACAGGCGCCAGCACGACUCCGUCGGGCCGAACCUUCCUCAAGCUCGCCCGUAUCGACGGCACAACAGGCUCGCAGAUCGUCGAGGUCCUCAACGACGGUAACUCCACCCUCGUCCCCUAUCCGAACGAAUUCUGGAACUCCUGGAACGCAAGCACAGACAGCCAAUCCGACAGCGAGACAAAGUAUGUCCGCACAAACGCGCAGCGCGUCGGGCCGGACGGGAAUCUGUGGGUCGUUGAUAGUGGUGCCUCGACCGACGGGUUCAGUAACUCGUCCAAGCUCAUCUCGUUCAACCUCACCAAAAACGAGGUCGACCGAAUCUACUACCUAGGCGACGUAACCACGAGACACGGCAGCCUCAACGACGUCCGCUUCAACGGAAAGUAUGCCUACAUAACAGAGUUCACGAUCGGGAGCAUCAUCGUGCUAGACCUCGAGACCGGCGCCGCGCGCAUGGUCCUCCGCGAGCACAAAUCCACCGUUGCGCUCAUGCCGCUCUCAGCCGAAGGCCAGCUCCUGCGCUCCGCGUCCACCGGCAAACUCCAGUACAUCCACGCUGACCAGCUCGAGGUCUCGCCGGACGGGAAGUGGUUCUACUACCAGCCAGCCAGUGGGUACAUGUGGCGCAUUGAGACGAAGUAUCUCAAUGAAGCGCUGCAUAAUGAGACGAUGGCGGACCUGCUACCGGACUACGUCGAGACUUUCUCCUUAACGCCCAGCACGGGCGGCACGGCUAUUGACGCGGACGGAAACAUCUACUACAGUGAUGGUGACCGCCAGGAGAUUCGACGGCUCAGUGCCAAUGGAUCGACGGAGCUGCUAGUGCGGGAUGCACGGUUGCUGUGGGUUGAUGCGUUGUGGAUUGAUUCUGACCAGAGGCUGUGGAUGUGUGCGAGCCAGUUAAAUCGUGGAAACAUGUUUGUCCAGCCGGGGAAUCAGGCCAUGAUCAUCAAGAAGCCGAUUUAUGUUUAUACGAUUGAGGCGGGACAUUAUCCGUCGCCACUGGAUCAUGCCUGA